UCCAAUUUUCCCAUCAAAUGAAUGUCAACAGCAGCAAAUACAUACCAAUUUGGGAAAGUGUUCACAACAACCUAGAAAACAUUAUCUAGUGUUUUCUUCAACUACUACGUAUAAAAAAAUGUCCAUCUUACUCGAAAAGAAAUCCACCAUAUCAAAUUGUAUACAAUGGACACAAAUUUUUUAUGUAUUUGUGUUAAUAAUAAACACCAACUACUGCAUUAAAGCUGAACAACAUCCAGCCGAAGAAGAUGGCCCACUAUUAUCUGUACAAACUGCUAUAAAUUUAGAAGUUAAUCUACCUUGCGAUUUAACACCAGCAACAACCAUGAACACAGACAAAGUACAAUUAGUUAUAUGGUACAAACAAGGUAGUAUUAAACCAAUAUAUACAUUUGAUGCUAGAGGUAGAACAUUACAACAAGCUAUACCAUGGGCUGAUGAGAUAGUAUUAAAAAAUAAAGCUCAAUUUUUAUAUGAUACUAAUCCGCCAGCAUUGAAAAUCAAAAAUGUACAACAAGAUGAUGCUGGUUUGUACAAGUGUAGAGUUGAUUUUCACAAGUCUCCAACACGGAAUUGGAGAGUUAAUGUUACCGUCAUUGUUGCACCAACUAAAUUAACUAUAAUUGAUUUAUAUGGAGCUGCUAUUCGUAAUAAUAUAGUUGGUCCAUAUUUAGAAGGGAAUAGUAUUAAUUUGACAUGUCUUUCGAGUGGAGGAAUUCCUCCACCAAAAGUUUCAUGGUGGAAAGAACAUGCUUUAGUUGAUGAUUCAUAUCAAAUACUUCCUGAUGGGACAGUUAGGAAUGUCUUGCAUUUACCAAACAUAUCUCGAGCUGAUUUACUAUCAGCUUACACUUGUCAAGCUAGCAAUGGUCAUAUUGUGGCUGUAUUGUCGGCAAAAGUCAAAAUCGAAAUGAAAUUGCCUCCUUUGAAUAUCUUACUUCAAGGAAUCAAUCAUCCAAUAGUCGCUGGGGUGAGAACUCAUGUGACUUGUACUUCGGUUGGGGCUAGACCACCGCCCAGAAUCAUCUGGAAGAAAGGUGGUGUCGAAAUGAGGGGUGCCACACAGUCGACAUCGACAGAUGGCAACUCUACCAUCUCCGAGUUGGUAUUAGUACCAGCUCCGGAAGAUAAUGAAAAAGAGGUAGCUUGUUUAGUUGCUAAAACAUUACCAUCGACUCAACUCGAUUCGGGAAUGCAACCAUCUUAUGAAAAUUCCUUUGGAACUAUGGAAUUAUAUUUAAAAGACUCUCGUGUUCUUAAUGUUACUCAUGCACCGAUUGUGUCAUUGAAUUUGGGUGCUCCUCUGGACGCCAAUAAUCUAAUGAGUGGUUCGGAUGUCUUUUUGGAUUGUAGUAUUGUUGCAAAUCCACAAAUCACACGAAUUGAAUGGUAUCAUAAUGAUAAGAAACUCCAUUCUGCCCGAGGAGUACUUAUUUCCAAUCAAACUCUAGUUCUUCAAAGUAUAUCGAAAUUUUCACAUGGAAAAUACUUCUGUUUAGCAACAAAUAUUCAAGGAAGUGUAUCGAGUAAUGAAGUUUAUUUAGAUGUUAAAUAUUCACCAAUUUGUGAAGCUCAGUCGACCAUCAUUAGAGCAGCUAUAAAACAAACAAUAAAUAUAACAUGUUCAGUUGAUUCAAAUCCAUUAUAUGAUUUAAAUUUUAAAUGGCAUUUUAAUAAUUCAUUAGAUAAUAUUAUUGAAUUGCCAGAACCAUCAAGUCAAAUGGAAGAAGGAUUUCAUAAUUUUGCACCUUCAUCGCUUCCUUUAAAAGGUGACCCACCAGCAACUUCAUCUGUUCGACAUAAUAAUCAUUAUAAGCUAUAUCAGCAUCAACAUCACAAAAAUCCACAUCAUCAUCAUAAAACAUUGUAUGAAAAAAUUAUAAUACAACAAAAACAUCAUCAACCUUCGUCGUCGUCGUCAAAUGGUUUAAAUAAUCAUGAUUUUCAUGGGAAAAUACAUUUCUCAUCAGUAUUAGCAUCAUCAUUAAAUGCACCACUUUAUACAACGUUAAAUGCAUUAGAAGAAAAUCCACCUAAAAGACAUCAUACAUAUCAUAUUAAUGGUAAUAAAUCAAAAAUUGAUAAUAAUCAUAAUCAUCAUCAACAUCAUAAUGAUUAUAAUUUAAUUGGAAAUCAUGACAAUAAUCAUGACGAAGAAAUGCCACUUGCACAAAUGCUUUAUUCAAAUAUGGUCUACACAAACCAGAUAGAUAAAAACCAUCGAUCACAUUAUGAUUAUUCAAAAGAUCAAAUGCAAGAUAAUGAUAUUAGUAGGAAAUCUCAAACAACAACAAAUAUGAGGCAUUUUAACCAAAAAGGUGGUGGUUCUAUAAAAUCUACAAAACCAGAACAAAUAUUAUACAAUGUCUAUCCAUAUUAUAUUGAAUCAUAUGAAAGUUUUGGAGCAAUUUCAUGUAUUGCAAGUAAUAAAAUGGGCCAGAGUCAACCAUGUUGGUAUCAUAUUCAACCGGCAGAUGUACCAGAUCCUGUAAAAAGUUGUUCUGCCCACAAUGCUACUCCGAGUUCGAUACAAAUACAAUGUACUCCAGGUUAUGAUGGUGGUAUACCACAACAUUUCCAUAUACAAGUUUAUGAUGAGCUAAAUCGACAAGUUUUGUAUAAUGUAACUUUUAAGCAUUCCACAUUUAAAAUUAAAAGUUUACCAUCUGAUUCGGUAUUUGUCUUAAGAAUAACUUCGAUUAAUUUACAAGGUUCAAGUAAGCUUGUUUAUCGAUUGAGAGCGAGGACUUUAUCUGUUCCAUUGUUAAGAACUGCAUCAUCGACUGCUGUUUUGGUACAAUUAACACCGGUUUUGGGGGCUUUAGUUGGAUUGACUUUAACCCUUACAUUGGUGGUUAUUUGCGUGGUUAUUUAUAUAAAAUUUCGUAAAAAACACAUUUAUCGAUCAAAUGGAAAUACUAUCGAAACAUUAGAUAAAGGUGGAAGUGUAGAAUUACUUGGUCGUAAUUUAGGAAGUCGUCGUUCAUCGUAUGAAGAUAAAAAUCCUGAUGUAGUUCCUCUAGAAAAUAGUGAUGAUGAAUUUCAUGCUGAAGAGGAAGCAUUUCAUCGGCUAAAUAUGGAAUCAAAUAGGAUAUUAUGUCGACAGGCAUUAUCUUCAUCACCACCACCUCAACUUCAUCAUUCAUCGAAUCAACAACAACAACAAGUAAAAAAAGGAGAAAUAUCAUUAACUACAAAUCCAGUUUAUAAUGUUUGUAAUACACCACAACGAAUACAACAGCCAACUUAUUCAACUACAUGCUCUCCACAUUUAGUAACGAGUAAUAGUUCAUCGAACAUUUAUACCCGAGUACCAGGACGAACAAAUAUUGUACCUAGCAGCUAUGAAACAUCAUCAAUAACCCCGUCCACAUCACCAUAUGGUUCAUUAAAUGUAUGCAUGAUGCCAUUAUUGGGUCAAUCUUCAUCUCAUUUACAAUCAUUACAACCGCAUCAGCUUCAGUAUCAAAAAACCCAACUUCAUCCCACAACCAGUGAUAAUUUAAGAUUUUACAGUUAUACAAUGAAUCCCUGAGAAUUACUUAAUGAUAAUACCAAACUACACCAACAAAUGGUUAGUAUUGGUAGUAGUAAUAACAGUGUUUGCACGAGUUCCGCCGAAAGAACGACAAUUGUUUAGCCAUUUUUUUGUUCAAAUGACUCAAAUUAAACAAAAAGAAAGAAGUUAAAUAUACUCGUAUAACAAUAAUUACGUAAGACUUUAUAUGUAAAAUAAUUAAAAAAAAAAAAAAAGAAAACUAUCGUAGCUUUAUUCCCUUUUUGAAAACAUGAAAAACAAAAAAAAUAAGUCUUCAAAAUUAAAAAAAAAACAUCUCUCUUUUUUCAUAUCAAUAUCUAGAGAUAUUAUUACAAUUAUAAGCACUUUUAUAUUAAUAAAUUAGUUAUAGACAAAUAAAAAAAAAAACUUAUCUUUCUUAAAAGAUUAAUUAUAAAUGAUUACAAAAAAAAAAAAAAACACAAAACUAAACGUGUUAUAUGUUUGUUUAAAAAAAAUAGAUAUUAAAUAAAACGCAACAACACAGCAUAAUAAAAAUAUAUAACAUAAAUUAUAAUUGUGUACAACGUUAAAUAAUAAAAUUACACUGCAAAAUGUAACAAACAAAACUUUUAUUAUUACGUUGGCGCUCGCGCUUUAUAAUGUUUAGGCAAACAGUAAAAAAAAAUCGAUUUUAAGAAUAAAUAAAUAAAUAAAAACACAAAAAAACCUGUC